AUGAAUAACUUAGUCUACUUACUGGGAUUCUCAUAUUUUAUAACUGUUUUAUUUGGUUUUAUUGGAAAUUUAUGGGUUAUUUUUUCUGUUAUAAGAAGUUGGAGACCAAGAAAUUCUAUAGGAUUUUUAAAUCCUAGUGACAGAUUAAGAUCAUAUAUUGGUGGAUUAGCUGUAGUUGAUUUAAUUGUUAUAUUAUUAUUACUUUUAAAAUUAAUAUAUUUAUUACUACCAAAUAUUACAGUAUCUAAUGGAAAUUGUCGAACAAUAUUUUUAAUUGAUAAUAUCAUUCGUUUAGCAUCAUUAACAUGUUUAUUUUGUAUAUCUGUUGAAAGAUUGAUAACUAUUAAAAAACCAUUUAGUACAAAUGUUCGAAGACAUUGUAUAAAAUUUUUACCAUAUGUUGCUGGAACAAUAGCAAUAUUUUUUCUUAUAAUAAUUAUAAUGGAUUCACUUACUGUAAUUGCUACUAAUAAUUAUUUAAAUUGUGGGCAAAAAUCAUUAAAACGAAUGGGUAUACAUAAUGUAAUAUCAACUUCAAUACCAAUAACAUAUAUUAUUUUAACAACAUUUGUAUCAUUAAAUUAUCUACAUAUAAUUCGACAUGUACGUAGAAAAUUUUGGAAAAGAAAAUCAAGAGUUUGCGCAAAUACACGUUCCAAAAAUCCAUUAAUAAGUGAACCAAAAUAUAUGAAAGGUAUGACAUGGUCAAUUGUUACUGUAGCAGUUUUUCAUUUAUUUUGUUUAAUACCAUAUUGUAUUAUUCGUCUUUUACCUGAUAUUAUAUGGAAAUAUAUUGAUAAUGAUCUUUCUAAAGGAUAUAUACAUUCACAAAUAAGACCAUUAAUUCAAGUUAAUUCAAAUAAUGGAUUAUUUGAAGAAAUAUUAAAUUUUAAAUUUCUUGUAUUAUUUGUAAAUUGGUUAACUUACACAAACUCUGCCGGCAAUUGGAUAUUUUAUGCAGCUUUAAAUAGACAAUUACGUUCAUUAAUUAGAGCUACUACAGAACGUCGUAAACGUAGUACAUUAUCACAAAUAACUUCACCAUUAGCUGUUCAACAUAGUCUUAAACGUCAAGUUGCACAAUCAUUACGUUUUUUUAGUACACUUAAUAGUCACAAAACAUUAAAUGAUAGUAUAAAUAAUCAAAAUAUUACAAAUGGUAUAAAAAUUGAAAAAAAUCCAAGAAACUCUGAUGCUUAUCAAAAUUUAACAGAUGCUGAUUCAUUAUCACAUAAUACAAUGUCAUUUAGAAAUACUUGCAAUACAAAAAAAAAUAGUAAAAUAUCUAUAAGUAGUCUUUUCCCAAGAAUUUCACAAAAUUCUAAAUUAAGUAGAACAACAUCAGAUGUAGUAAGUAGUGUAUUAAUAAGAAGUACAACAGAAAAUGAAAAAUAUAUGACUGUAUCAAUAGCUGAAACUGACUCAUUGAAUAAUUUUAAUGAAGAAUUUGUGUAA